UGGCCCGCUGCGCCCGCCCCCAGAGACUCCUCCCAGGGCCCGCACUUGAAAGGCAGGGGCUGCACCCCCUCCCUGGCCCCAAGCACCGGGCACCGAGGUUCAGGGUCUCAGUCCCCGCGGAGCCGACCUCUGGCGCGAUGGUGGCCGUCUGGCUGGUGCACGUCGGGCAGAAGCUGCUGCUCUGGGGGGCGCUCAGCGCCGUCUCCCUGGCGGGCGCCAACCUCAUCCUGAGCUUCCUGCAGAUGAUGGCGACCUACGCGCAUAACUGGCUGCAAAUGAGGCCCAUCCCCACUAUUCCGGGCGCCUACCCCUUCGUGGGACACGCGCUGAUCCUGGAGCGAGGAGGGAAAGAGUUUUUCCAACAGAUGAUUUAUCACACAGGACGCAACAGACAUGUGCCAAUGCUAAAACUCUGGCUUGGCACAGUACCAGUAAUAGCCAUGUUUAAGGCCGAAACUGUAGAGGCAAUUUUAACUAGCUCAAAGGAAAUUGACAAGUCUUAUCUGUACACAUUCCUACAACCAUGGCUUGGCCUAGGACUUCUUACCAGUACUGGAAACAAAUGGCGCUCCAGGAGAAAAAUGUUAACACCCACUUUCCAUUUUACCAUUCUGGAAGACUUCUUAGAUGUCAUGAAUGAACAAGCCAACAUAUUGGUUAAUAAGCUUGAAAAACAUGUUGACGGAGAAAAAUUUAACUGCUUUUCUUACAUCACUCUUUGUGCCUUAGAUAUAAUCUGUGAGACAGCUAUGGGCAAGAAUAUUGAUGCUCAGACUAAUGAUGAUUCUGAGUAUGUCCGUGCAGUUUAUAGGAUGAGUGAUUUGAUACAUCGAAGAAUGAAGACGAUUUGGUUCUGGCAUGACGUUUUGUACCUUUUGUUUAAAGAAGGAUGGGACCACAGAAGGAACCUAAAGAUCUUACAUAAUUUUACCACCAAUGUCAUCAAGGAACGGGCCAAUGAAAUAAAGAGAGAUAAAGAAGGUAAAAGUGAUGACAAAGGCAUGACCCUCUCCAAGAGAAAACGCAAGGCUUUUCUUGACCUGCUUUUAAAUGUGAUGGAUGAUGAAGGAAAUAAGCUAAGCCUUGAGGCUAUUCGAGAAGAAGUGGACACUUUCAUGUUUGAGGGCCAUGACACAACUGCAGCUGGAAUAAACUGGGCCUUGUACCUACUGGGUUGCUAUCCAGAAGUCCAGAAAAAAUUAGGCAAUGAACUGGAUGAAGUGUUUGGGAAUUCUCAUCGCCCCGUUACCUUAGAAGACCUGAAGAAACUUAAAUAUCUGGAGUGUGUUAUUAAGGAGACCCUUCGUAUUUUUCCUUCUGUGCCUUUAAUUGCCCGUGGUCUUAAUGAAGAUUGUGAUGUUGGUGAGAAUUCUUCCAUGAAAGUAGUGGGUAGAGUGGACUUUUCUGUGUCUGUCUUGCUCUAUUCUAAUGACAUAUCUACUGCCUCAUGACAGGG